UUUGUUUUCGAUGACUGGUGGACAAUGCACGAUUCGAAGGUUUGAUUGUCUGUGACAGAAUUAGUAAUGUCAUUUCGGCAUUAAAUCAAAAGUGUGUGGGGAUACUAAAUAGAAGACCUUGUUGUAUUUGGGGCCAAUAGAUGAAGGAAACAUUGAGUAAAGAAGUGAACAUGGGAAAGAUGGAGAAGAUCGUUGUUGCUGUUAAAGCGUCUAAGGAAAUCCCAAAAACCGCUUUGGUUUGGGCCUUGACUCAUGUGGUUCAACCAGGACAUUGUAUUACAUUGCUUGUGGUUAGCCCUGCACAAAGUUCGGGUAGAAAAUUAUGGGGUUUUCCAAGAUUUUCUGGAGACUGUGCUAGUAUACCCAAGAAGUCGAAUUUAGGAACUAGUGCAGAACAGAAAGAUGAUAUUACUGAUACUUGCUCUCAAAUGAUUCUUCAGCUUCAUGAUGUAUAUGAUCCAAAUAAGGUAAACAUGAAGAUAAAAGUUGUAUCUGGAACACAAUGUGGGAUAGUUGCUGCAGAGGCUAAAAAGUUCAAUGCUAGUUGGGUUAUUUUGGACAAAAAGCUUAAAAAUGAACAGAAGUCAUGUAUGGAAGAACUGCAAUGCAACGUUGUCAUAAUGAAGAAAUCGCAACCAAAAGUUCUUAGGCUAAAUUUAGUUGGAUCUCCUAAAAAGGACUCUAAAGCGAAGUCUCCAUUACUAUCCGAGGCAGAAAAAUCAUCUAAGAAACAUGAAAUUAAGAAAGUAAACCAUAAGUCAUCGGUAGUUUCUGCUCAAAAACAGGUUAGCACUCCAACAAGUAGUCCUGAGGUAUUUACUACAACCGAACCUGGAACUUCAUCUGUAUCGAGUUCUGAUCCGGGCACUUCACCGUUUUCUGUCCCUGCAACCGAAGUUUCUGAGAAGAAAGAAUCUUUUACAAGAAAAGAUGAUGAAGAUCUCACCGAAUCAAGUUCGGACUCUGAAAGGGAGAACCUUUCAUCAACUUCCUCUAGCUUGAGAUUUCAACCGUGGGUAGCUGACAUGAUUACUUCAAGUUGUCGAUCUUCGCAAGCUUACACCACAUUAAGUAAAGGGUUUCUUGGAAAGUUCUCUAAACUUGGUCAUGGGUCUGACACGGAGUAUAGUGGGAGUCUUAGAGAAGCAAUAUCGUUGUCACGAAAUGCACCAUCGGGUCCACCUCCUUUAUGCUCAAUAUGCUUACACAAAGCACCCAUAGUUGGAAAACCGCCUAGGUGGUUCACCUUUUCUGAACUGGAGCUUGCUACUGGUGGAUUCUCGAAAGCUAAUUUUUUGGCAGAAGGAGGUUUUGGGUCGGUACACAGAGGGGUACUUCCUGAUGGGCAGGCAGUUGCUGUCAAACAACAUAAACUGGCAAGUUCUCAAGGUGAUCAGGAAUUUUGCUCUGAAGUUGAGGUGCUAAGCUGUGCUCAGCAUCGAAAUGUUGUUAUGUUGAUUGGAUUUUGUAUUGAAGAUGGAAGGAGGUUGUUGGUUUAUGAAUACAUAUGCAACAAAUCAUUGGAUUUUCAUCUUUAUGGACGUCAUCAAGUUCCGUUAGAGUGGUCUGCGCGCCAAAAAAUUGCUGUUGGUGCUGCUCGAGGACUACGAUAUCUUCAUGAAGAAUGCAGAGUUGGUUGCAUUGUGCAUCGUGAUGUGCGGCCAAACAACAUCCUUGUAACUCAUGAUUUUGAACCUAUGGUUGGGGAUUUUGGGCUAGCGAGGUGGCAGCCUGAUGGAGAAACAGGCGAAUCAACUCGAGUGAUUGGAACAUUUGGAUAUCUAGCUCCGGAAUAUGCCGAAAGUGGGCAGAUCACUGAAAAGGCUGAUGUAUAUUCGUUUGGGGUUGUGUUGGUGGAGCUUGUUUCUGGACGAAAAGCAGUGGAUCUUAACCGGCCUAGGGGACAACAAUGCCUCACUGAAUGGGCGCGCCCAUUGUUGGAAGAAGAUGCCAUUGAUGAGUUAAUUGACCCACGGCUAGGAAAUUGUUAUUCAGAAGAUGAGGUUCAUUGUAUGUUGCAAGCUGCGUCUCUAUGCAUUAAAAGGGACCCUCACUUACGGCCUCGCAUGUCACAGGUGCUACGCAUACUCGAGGGUGACUUCAUCAUGGAAUCAAGUUAUGUAUCGUCACCAAGGUGUGAGGUGAGUAACCGAAGUGAUAGGAGCUGGAGUGAUCAGCCACAAUACAACAGUUCUCCUUUAAGUAAGCCCUUGGAAAGAUUCAGCGGCAAGCAUUCAAUGGACUCGAGCAUGCCAUCUUGUUGGAAAACAGAAAGAACUUGAUGUAAGAAUGUAUCCUAUCGAUGUUAUCUAUAGUUUUUAGGAUAUAUUUUUGGCAGAUGCAUUUCCUUCAGAGGAAGGCAAUCAAAUUUAUAUUAGAAGUUUUUGAUAUGAUCUACUGUUAGUGUAGUACUAUAUUAUCACAAUCUUAAAAGGUUGAUACUAGCUAGUAAAGAUCCAUAUGCUGGUCA